ACUUUCACUCCAUGAAAAGGUCAACCAGGGGCAUCAGUCCUGUGGAGUGAGUCGUUUUGGGACAGCCUCGGAUCAGGAGAGUAGUUGUCUUCUUCACCAUGUUCACGUUCGUUUAGGGCUUCAUUACCAGCUAGUCGAUGCGCCGAAACAUCGUGUGCAGCGUGAAACUAGUUUCAAACUUUGUUGGAUCGUUUGAGUGAAUCUUGUUCGUGUAACAAAUUCGAAUGACCUGUAUACCAUUGGGACAUCCAGACCAGGCAUAAAGAACUCUGUCUCUCCUCACAAUGGCUGCAGCCAAUGGUGGCGAGGUGUUUGACGUUGCGACGCGCAAGGCCCCAGUCAACACACUCUUCUCGUUGCAGAGUGAGCGUGUGCAGGCAUACAAUGUAUUUCACGACUGCUAUGAGCAAUACAUUGCCUCUGGGCCUGACUACAAUUUUGUCCAAUAUCGGAAUAAUGUGAAGACAGCCACGGACUGCUUUCAGCGUAUCUCUGGUGGCGUGCGGGAUGCUCUAGGAGAGCUUGAGCUGUUGAGAACGGCUCAAGCAGCUCUGCGCUUGGUUACCCAGCUGCAAGACCAAGAGAAGAACAAGCUCUCUCAAACUGUUGAAUGGCAGUUGCGACACAAGGAUGUGGUGGAUGCACGUCGCAUAGUGGAGAAUGUCCGAGACGGCGACGAUGCUGAUGAGCGUGCAGAACUACUGAAGGCAAACAAUGCUGAGCGUGAAGCCAAACAAAGACUGGGAGAGACUACACAGGAGAUUGCAGACACCUUGCAGGACUUGCGCUAUGAGUUUGAAGAUCUUCUGCUGGCAGAAGAAACUUGAAUGUACGAGCUCCUGUACAGAUAGUUCUUUUUAAUUUUGUUGUACUUCUGUCAAUUGUAGGUACAGAUACACACAUAGCACUGUAGAACUGCCUUGCUGUGUCAUAGUUGAGCAGAUUCAUCCGUGCUGGCAUUUAUCGUUUUAUCUAUGUGACCAUACUCUUUCCUCUAACUUGCAUCUGUCAGAUGAAGUAAAGAUGAAAGCCACUUGAGUUGCAUGUACUUGUAUAUAGCAUUGUAGAGUGAGGUUUUUCUUGAGAUAUUCUCUUCUAAGUCUACUUCUAUUGUGUUUGUGUCUAUUAUUGUUUUUAAAAUUGCUUUAUCUGCUAGCUAUGCAGUGCAUGCAAGCAGGACUUUUUUUCCAGGGAGUAGUACAAUUAUUGUAUUCGAUUUCGACACCAUGUCACAAGGCGAGGACACACAGUUCACGCGUGAUUUAUUCAAAUAAAAAGUAGGACUGCU